CCGCUACCCGCCCGCGGUUCACAAGCAGUGCGUAACAAGCUUUAGAAAGGGGCGCACGCUCGGUUUUUCGAAUUCAAAUGUGAACAAUAUCCAAAAACAUGAGUAGAAAAUCCUGCUGCGUCUCCGGAUGUCAGAAGACGAAUAUAUCGAAUCCGGAAUGUACAUUUAAUCCACUCCCUACAGAGGUGUCUAGACAACAUGAGUGGCUAAAAGCUAUUGGUAGAUUCGACUUGGUACUUCAAGCUCACUUACACCCUGAAAGUUUCUACGUCUGUUCGUCACAUUUCGAGGAUGAAGACCUGAAAUGUACCAGUGUUGUUUUACCCGACGCUUUACCUAGCCGGCACCUCCCUGUGACGUCAUUUGCUGAUACACCACAACGCUCGCAAACAGAUAAAUCUUCAUCUGAUAUGGGAAACAUCACUCUUGACCCAACUGUUCAAGAACAUCGAAAGGUAUUAGAAAUUAAAGGUGAUGAACAGACGCAAAUUUUUGGAUUGCAAGACGAGCUUACUAGAAACAUGCUUGUUCAACUAUCUAAGGACUAA